AUGUUGGAUUUUCUCCACCGAUUUUUAGCGGAAAACCCUACGUCCAAAGCGACUGACACUGAACAGAUAGUCGCGGAUGAGGUAUCAGAACCGGCAGAUGAGGUGGAGCGAACGGAGCCGAUUGUGGUACUAAAUGAACCGGAAGAUGUCAACGGAACCAGCGAGUCAGAUGAGGCGGUCCGUCCGACUGAGACUGACACUGAACAGAUAAUCGCGGAUGAGGUAUCAGAACCGGCAGAUGAGGUGGAGCGAACGGAGCCGAUUGUGGUAAGUCUUCGUUGUGCAUAUGUGUUCACAUAUGCACGCAGAUGA